ACCCCCACCCCUCCCUUUCCUUUCACCUCUUGCAGAGGAACAGAGAGAAAGCUGCAGCGACGUCCCACUUCCCUCUGCAUCACCACAGAUCUGCACAACAACAACAAUCAAUAAAAACUCUAAAGAGCUUUUUUUCCCCCCACAUUUUUUAAUACUUGUGUGUCAGAUUUUUAUUUAUUUUUUUGUGGUUAUUUCCCCCCCACCCCCCCGCCAGCUCUGUGUCUGGAUCUUUUUCCUCCGGCAGCAGAGACACGAUGAACAUCAGCCUGCAGCUCCCUGUAGACUAGCACAGAGAGCGCCGUACCUUCAACUUUUCUUCAACCCUUCUCUUCGUCUUCCCCGUCUCAUGGCGACCAGCAGCAGCAUGGAGGAGUCCCAGCAGCCAAUCAGCACGCAGCAGGGCAGAGAGGCCGACCACGCCCCCGUGACCUUUCAACCGGCCAGCGCGACGCACGCUCCGGAUGCCAAUCAAACGGACGACAUGGAACACCUCACCGUGAUCGGCGAAGUGGAGAGUAACGGCGUGGGUCCUGUGCGGGUGGACUCGUCUCCCACGGUGUCCUCCGUGUCGCCCAAGCUUCACGCCCAGCCGGGCGGCCACGCUAACGGCCGGCCCGGUCUGAGCAGCCGGUCCGGCUCGGUGGCGGCGGGCUCCCCCAGGCCCUCGCUCACCCGCCGGCCCAGCGCUAUCACGGAGGCCGCUGCGGACGGGUCCAAGCCCAGAGACUACCUGAUCCUGGCCAUCCUGUCCUGCUUCUGCCCACUGUGGCCCAUCAACAUUGUAGCCCUCGUCUUCUCCGUCAUGUCCCGGAACAGUCUGCAGCAGGGCAACGUGGACGGAGCUCGGCGUCUGGGCCGUAACGCCAUGGUCCUGUCCGUGGUCUCCAUCCUGGGAGGGAUCGUCAUCAUCGCCGCUGGCAUCGCCCUCAACUGGGGACUGAUUUUAAAAUCCUGAUUU